UAAAGAAUAUUACCGGGGCAUUCCAGAAUUAAUUCAGGCUGUGCUCCAGAGAAGAGAACAAGAGACAGGUGCAACUGGAUAGGAGAAAAACCUACAAUGCUAGUGAAGUUUUUGCUCAUCUAUAGUACAAUAGGACUGGCAAAAUUAGUCAAACACUCGAACCAUCAUGGACACCAUGAUGGUUCUUUGCACAGCUCACAGCCACAAACGUAUGAGACUUCUACGUACCCUCAGUGGACCCCUCUACAACAGGCAGAAGAAGGUUAUUGGGAGGCAGAAGUGCUCAGGGAGGAUACUCCAGACUAUCCUUCCAGUUCAAUCUCCUCACAUCAAAAAGAGAGAGAAGAUUUCGAAGCUGAAAGCCCACAGUCCCGAAAUGAGAAUUGGUGUUCCUUCAUGCAGUCCCGACUGGUGACAUACAUAGAAGCGUGCAUGAAGGAGAAGUACAUCGUCAACUCUCAACAGCCCUGUCCAAAUGGAGCACCAAACUGCCAGAAGAUCGUGUACAGAACAGCCUUGAAGCCAGUCUAUCAAGUGAAACAGAAGGUUUUGAAGUCUUUACAGUGGAAGUGCUGCCCUGGAUUUAUUGGCAAGGACUGUGAACAGCGUGAUCCCAAUUUUAUUCUGGUGCCAGCAACCGAGACUGAAGGACUGGAAGAGGAGGAGUUCUCAAACCACAUGGCAACAUCAGUGGAUUCAAGAGAAAUAUUGGAAGUCAUUCAAAAUCAUGAGGCAUUACUGGAUGAUCUUCAAAAUGAUAUUCAUGAAGCAGUCGGCAACUUAGGUGACUUGCAAAGAAUAUUUGAAAACAAUGGUACAAGCAUGGUGUUAGAGGUGAACCAGAGUAAAUCAGAGUUACAGGAAAGGCUUCUGCAGCAAAUUCUGUUUCCCCACAUGGAGAAUUUUCUAAGGAAACAUUUUAACCCAAUGUGGGCAAGCUUCAACAGAAGCUUGCAGAACCUCUCCAGCAUGGUGAGAAACCUGUCCCACGCUGUGGAAGCCAACAAGAAAAGCAUCGAGAGAUUCCAUGAAAGCACUGUGCCUAAGAAGGAGUUCCAGGAGCUGGGAACUAAGUUUGAAUCUAAAGUUCAAGAAAAUUUGGUGAAAGUUGAUCAGGUGAAAAGGGAUAUAGAUAAUCAAUUGCAAAUGCAGCAGGCUAACAUUCACUAUAAUCUCACCAUGAUCAAGGCAGAUACUGACACAAAGCUGAAGAAAUAUCACAAGAUACAGCAGUCCCAUUUCUUAACUUUGAACAACAGCAUAACAAACAUGAAACAAGAGCAAAACAAUUUUGAAAAUAAAUUUGAGACUUUGAAAAGAAAUUUAACAGAACUCUUCUCACAUCAUGGUCCCAAAGAUGAAACUACCCAGUUAAACAUCAAACAAAUAAGUGACAUUCUGACAGGGCAUGCAAAGCAGCUGAAAGAACUUUACAUGGAAUCAGAUGUGGCCUUUCAGAAUAUUGUGGUUUUAGAGAGAUGGUUUAAGGAAUUAAAAAAAAAUAUCUCAAAGUAUAGGCCAGAAGAUCUUACAAUAGCUUUAAUGGAGAAAUCACUUAUUAUUGAGGAAAACAAAGCAGCAACGGAAAGGCAGAUAUCAGAGCUCAACUACACUCUCUCAAAUCUUCGAGAAAACUAUUCAGAUCUGUUGAGGUACAUGGAAGAGUGCAAUUGUCAGAAAAUAUCUUCUGACACUGAUUUACUGGACGAAAAUUUAAAGAAUCUCACUUAUUCCCUUGAAGGCACCCAAUCAAACUUAACGGAUAUGAAACACUUAGAGUCAGUUUUCAAGGAUCUCUUGAGGAAUGAAAUGGAAGAGCUCUCCUCAGCUUUUCCAUCUAUCCAUCAGUCCCUUAAUCUCCGUCAAGAAGAAAACAGACAGCUUCAGUCACAAGUUAAGGCUUUUUCAGAAGAUAUUGGCUUCUUGAAAAAGGAAGAUGAAGAAAUUCAUAGACACAUCAAGUAUCUCAAUAGUUCUUUCAGCUCUCUUUUGGAUGAUGCAAUGCGGCACGAAGCUGCACUGGAGGCUUUAUUAGGAGAAGAAUUUAUGGAAGUCUUGUUUGAAGAUGAUCCUAGUACCCUAAUAUCAUCAGUAGUUCAGCUGCAAGAAUCUCUCAGGCACACUGCAGAGAAACUCCAAGAACAAAAUGUGACUUUAGAAUCCCUUGCCAAGAGAUUUCACCUCUUGGAGAGAGGUCAACAGAAUCAUCAUGAUGCUCGUAGAUCUCCUAAGCAUCCCAAAGAGGAAACACAAACAUCUGCUGCUCUGGAUGAAGCUAAUGGUCAACAUGGCAAUGUGGAACAUAUGGAACCUAACUAUGAGGCUGCCAAAGAUGACUCCUUGGAUAGCUCAGGAUAUAAUGAUAUGAUGACUCUAAAGAAUGAUAUCAAACAUCUGAGCCUGGCAAUCCAGAGGCAUGAAUCAAGAGCCGACAACAAUCUUUGCUGCAAUCAUACGAUAGUCAAUGUAGUGGAGCCACUCAACGUUUCUGUGGAAAUUCUCUCAGCAGAUUUAGCAACCAUCAAACAGAAGCUGGAGGAGCAUCUGCUGAUUUUUAAAAAGCUGUUUGGAAGCAAUGAAGAGUUAGUUGCCUCAAAUAUAAGUCUGGAUAUUACAAGGAUUCAGUCAAUGCUGACCAGAAAAGUGAGAAGGCAACAGAAAGGUCAGGACAAGCAAAGAGACAAAAAAAAGUCUGAAAAGCACAGAGAAAAUAUGCAGACAACAAGUGGAAGAAACACAGUACAGACAGAACUUUCAGAAAAAGACUCAUCGGUGGCGUUCCACGUGGGAUUCUCAGAAGGAAAGGAUAAAGGAAAAACUCUGAGGUUUAAUGAAACAUACCUCAAUUAUGGAAAUAGCUAUUUCCCUGAACAUGGCUACUUUAAAGCACCACAUAAAGGUGUCUAUCUGUUUGUCAUUUCUGUGGAGUUUAGUUCAGGACCAGCAGUAGGACAACUCUCUUUUAGCCGUGGGUACCAAAGAACUCUCUCAAGUAGUCAGAGGAAAACAGCAAAUGGAAAUACCAUGACUACUUUUGCUAUGGCAGAGAUGGAGAAGGGGGAAAGAGUAUGGUUUGAAUUGCUGCAGGGCUCUGUAGUGAAACGGAGCCCAUCUGGGACAACAAUGGGUGGAUUCCUAAUAUUUAAAACUUGAAUACUGACUGUUUAUUUUAAUGACAUACUUCCAUAGAUGCAAUGGACCAAUUCACUACUGCUUCAUCUGUGAUGCAUUCAAUCUUACUGCAUGUGUUUAAACAUAGCACUAUCCUAGAUUUGUCUUCAUGCUUCUUUUCUGAAGUGUUUGGCUUUUGAUUAUUUGCUUAUAAGCAGCAAUGGGAUUUUCUUUCCGUGAUAAGCUAAUGGUUUGGACUCCAAGUGUAUCAGUACACACAUUCCCAAAUCCUUUCACUGUAUGAAUUUCAACCAAUUAAAGAAACUGCUUUGUGAGACCA